AUGUCCAAAGAACGCGAAUGGAUUGAAGAUGAAUUGUACAUCAACAUUUUUGACAUUGACUCCAAGGUCUAUGAAAACGUCAAGAAUCGCUGGAUCGAACACAAGAUCUGGAAUCCCAGGUGGGGUAAUAUGCCCGGAAUGACCUGGAUCCACGAAGAGCCUGACAACCAUGAAUCUGAUAUUUCGAACCACCCCGUCGCAGUUCCAGAAGCGGGAUUUCGAGCUAACGCUGCCGAAAUUGACGCACAAUCUCGCCACUCCACCGGCCGUCGUAUUACUUUUGGUUUGGCAUCCUCCGAGGCAAACCACGAUCAAAGGGGCGGGGAUAGAUCCCCAUCAGCACUCCGAACGGUAGCAGACUCUAAUCGAGCAGCCCUUGAGUCCCCCACUACAAAGAAAAUCAAACGAUCAAGCCGCGCAGCGGUUAAUAUGGAGGGUACACCAGUGCCUUAUAGCUCAUCAAAAGUUACAAAACACCCCAAACGGAAUCCUCCAAGACGUCACCUGCAAAAACGCAUUCAGGAUAUCACUGGGUCCGCAAACGCCCGUCGACGUGCACUGGGUAACCUCACAGGAACUGAGCAACAGGAGCAACAGCCUGACGAUGCGAAUUCAUUUCCCACUUCCUCACAGUUGCCACAACGGAACUUCAGAUUGGACACUGGAGAAUCCCCACCAGUACUCCAACUCCUGCUAGAAGACGUCGCCGCCGUAGCCAGCAGGUGA